GAGUGAUGCAUUCUGGGUUGAAAUAAAAUGCAGGAACUCUCCGCCAGUCACAAAUCACUUCGAGCAGGGCGGAGGCAUUUCUGGAGCCAAUCAGAGAGCAGGAUAGACGUGGGGGGAGGAGCGUACAAACCACGCGUCCUUUCAUAAAUGAAGGAAAAGCUAGGUAGCUUUUUGUAACCUGCCCCUCUAAUUAUUUAAACUUCGCAGAGACACGCAGUGAUUGAGCCAUCAUGUCUGACAAGAAGGCAGUGAUUAAGAAUGCAGACAUGUCUGAAGAAAUGCAGCAGGAUGCAGUGGACUGUGCCAUGCAGGCCAUGGAGAAGUACAACAUUGAGAAGGAUAUUGCUGCCUAUGUCAAAAAGGAGUUUGACAAGAAGUACAACCCCACAUGGCACUGCAUUGUUGGGAGGAACUUUGGCAGCUAUGUGACACAUGAAACUAAACAUUUCAUCUACUUCUACCUGGGUCAAGUGGCUAUUCUGCUGUUCAAGUCGGGCUGAAACCUCGCAUCUGUGCCACAUUGUGUAUUUGAUGCCGCCCUUGUGCAGACAUGCCUACCUCCUGGUUUCCUGCUCACUUCAGUUACGUUGUGCCAUCUGCAACAUUUACAUCGAUGGACGGUGCUUUAGUUUAGCCAUGUCUAGACUGGUGACUCAUCUUUCAUUCAAAUGCUACAAUAAUGCUGAUUCUGAUAGCUUUUAGCUAGCAUUCAUAUGCAGCAUCAGUUAUGACUUAUAUUCUGGAUUUGUGUUUUUGUUUGCUGCAUCAUGCAAGCCUGUCAAGUUAUUUCAUAUAAUUAUUUUUUGUAAAGUAACUUAUUUUCAUUGCAUUAAAAUAAGCAACAGGUUUUUGUCAAAUGCCUUUUCUGUGACAACUAAGUGACUGAAAAAUACUGAGACUGUUGCUAAACUUAAUAAAAACAGUGACUUGUUAAGAGA